CGCAUUGCCGCUGACCCAUGCAACCUUAUUCACACUUAGCGCUACCUCCAGCCCACAUAGCGCCUGAGAAGCAAUGACACAGCGCAAAUGGCCCCUGCCCACAGAGAUAACGGAACGCAUUGUCGAGCUGGUUUGCCGGGACUGGCGCUACCCCUACCGGUGGUACAUCUACGGUAACUCCCCUGGGGCUGCCCAAUAUGCUGGCGUCUGCAGGGAAUGGCAGGACCUGGUGGAACGCUGGACGUUCCGAAACCUGCGGCUGGACCGGGCGCGCCUCGCCGAUGUCGACCGGAUCCUGUGCCGGCGGCGUCAGGCAUACGUCUGCACAGUGGACUUCAACAUAGAGCUGGAGCCGUAUGGGCGCGAGGUGUACGGCGAAUUUGAGACGGCCGAGGAGAAUGCGCGCAACAGCUCCCUCUUCAGCGAGACGCUACGGUUGUUCUUCGACGUCUUCAGCCGGUGGGCACCUGGAAGCAACGGCGUCCAUAGAGGUAGGGCGGGCAUAUUGCUCCGCAUCACGGCCUUCUCGCGCAGCGAUGUUGGCCGUUGCGGCGAGGCAGAGAUGAGCAGGCGAAAGCAGGACGUCGAGAACCGGGACUUCCUCGACGACCGAUACAUCCACUCUAUCCUGCAGCUGCUCCCAGCCGCCACCGGGCUGCCAGUCGUCGAAAGCGUCUCAGAGCUAAUCUCGGGCAAGGGGCGGCACAUCUCUGCACCAGCGUGGGCGCUCAUCAUCAACGGCCUGCCUAAUGCUAAGAAGAUCAGCAUCAACUUCUGGGAGAACGAGAAGAAGGAUCUGGAGCUGCGCAAACGGCUGCGGGACGAGAUCGGCGAUGCCCUCGCCCGAAUGCGCUGCCCAAACGCUGAGGUGACGCUCUCAUGCAGCUACGCGGCACCGAAAGACCACUCCAGCAUCCCGCCGAAACUCAUUGACACGCGCGGAGCGGACGACGCCUUCAUGCGCGGCCUGCGGACGUGGGCGCGGCAGCUCAAGCGGCUGCACCUCUCGGACGUCGUGAUCGCCCCAGAGGUGUUCUAUCCGGCGGCUUCUGACGACGAGGAAGCGGCAAGCGAAUGGCCGCACCUCGAGCGGCUUGUGGUCAUGUACGCAGCGGUGACACCACAGGGUACGUGGCUGCUGGAGCAUAAUCCGGAGGACUCGCCGCGCGACCGCCCUUCGCCAGUGGUUGACCUCGACGAGUGGGGCCAGGAGGAUUUGGGCUUUGAGGUGCCGGCGCCCGAGGACCUGUACGAGGACAGCUUCCGGACCGUGCCGGUGGCGGCGGAGAUGGAUCGAAUCCACCGAAGCGCGGCCCGGGCGGCGCGGCGGAUGCCGGCAUUGCGGGAUCUGUAUCUUGUUACGUUUGACGGGGCGAUCCGGUGGGGCCGCAGAUACCAUGGCUUCCUAUAUAACUACGAUGCGGCUAGAGGUGUUGCCACCGCACAUUGGGGGAGCUUGCCGAGAUAUACACCGGCCGAAGACGUGGUUGAGCUUUGGAGGGAGAUGGCGGACGAGGUUCGAGGGUGUCAACUUGAGGUUUUGAUUGAUGAAGAUGAAGUGUAGAAGAGUGUGUGGCAGCAAAAGCGCUAUAGACAGCGUCUUUCUUUAUUUAUAACUAGCAGAAGAGGUAACAAAUAUAUAUAAAGUGCAUGCUCUAUGCUGUUAUCUAUGCCAUCGGCUUGU